AAUUUGUCUGCUACCAUCUACCUCUCUCUCUCCUCUAAAUCCCUAAUCCUCUUCUUCUUCUCCGUAUAAAUACUUGAGCUCCCCAACUCCAAAAUAAAGAAAGCUAGAGAGAGAAAUUAGAGCGAGAAAGCUUUCAAACCUUCCGAUCUGAGCCAUCGAUAUCAUUAAGGGAGUCAGGGGCGGAGAUGUCCUCGCUUAGCAGAGAGCUCGUGUUUCUCAUACUUCAGUUUCUGGAUGAAGAAAAAUUUAAAGACAGUGUUCACAAGUUGGAGCAAGAGUCGGGGUUUUUCUUUAACAUGAGGUAUUUCGACGACAUGGUGACAAAUGGGGAGUGGGAGGAGGUGGAGAAGUAUUUGUCCGGUUUCACAAAGGUUGAUGAUAAUAGAUACUCUAUGAAGAUCUUCUUUGAAAUUCGCAAGCAGAAGUACCUUGAAGCUUUAGACAAGCGGGAUCGAGCAAAAGCUGUGGACAUUUUAGUUAAGGACUUGAAAGUGUUUGCAGCAUUUAAUGAGGAACUUUUUAAGGAAAUUACACAGCUGUUGACUUUGGAUAACUUCAGGGAUAAUGAACAGUUAUCUAAAUAUGGUGAUACAAAGUCUGCAAGGAGCAUAAUGCUUGCUGAACUGAAAAAGUUAAUAGAGGCGAACCCGUUGUUUCGUGAUAAACUUCAAUUUCCUACCCUGAAGAACUCGAGAUUGCGCACUCUUAUUAAUCAGAGUUUAAACUGGCAGCAUCAGCUUUGUAAGAAUCCAAGGCCUAACCCUGACAUAAAGACCCUAUUCGUAGACCACAGUUGUGGACAACCAAAUGGUGCCAGGGCUCCAUCCCCUGUCACUAAUCACUUAAUGGGGGCGGUCCCUAAGACAGGGGGUUUCCCACCAUUGGGUGCUCACGGGCCCUUUCAGCCCGCACCAGCUGCUCUUCCAACAUCUCUUGCGGGAUGGAUGGCAAAUCCAUCACCUGUGCCUCAUCCCUCGGCUUCUGCUGGGCCUAUUGGUUUGGCCGCAGCUAACAAUGCAGCCAUGUUAAAGCGGCCUAGAACUCCUCCUACCAAUAACCCAACUAUGGACUAUCAAACAGCAGAUUCUGAACACGUGCUGAAGAGAUCAAGACCUUUCGGAAUAACUGAUGAAGCCAAUAAUCUGCCAGUAAAUAUGCUGCCUGUUGCGUUUCCUAACCAGAGCCAUGGUCAGAGUUCCUACUCUUCUGAUGACUUGCCCAGGUCUGUUGUUAUGACUUUAAGUCCAGGUUCAGCUGUCAAGAGUAUGGAUUUCCACCCAGUGCAACAAAUUAUACUUCUUGUCGGAACAAACAUGGGUGAUGUCAUGAUAUAUGAGCUACCAAGCCAUGAAAAGAUUGCUAUUAAGAACUUCAAAGUCUGGGAUCUUGGAGAAUGUUCAGUGCCACUGCAGGCAUCUUUGGCCAGUGACUAUACAGCAUCAAUCAACCGCGUGAUGUGGAGCCCUGAUGGGACACUUUUUGGUGUUGCAUACUCUAAGCACAUCGUGCACAUAUACUCCUAUCAGGGUGGUGAUGAUAUACGAAAUCACCUAGAGAUCGAGGCUCAUGUUGGAAGUGUAAAUGAUCUUGCUUUCUCAUACCCCAACAAACAGCUGUGCGUUGUCACGUGUGGGGAUGAUAGGGUCAUUAAGGUGUGGGAUGCAGUCACUGGGACUAAGCACUAUACUUUUGAGGGCCAUGAAGCACCUGUAUGUUCGGUGUGUCCACAUCACAAGGAGAAUAUCCAGUUUAUUUUCUCGACAGCUACUGAUGGAAAAAUAAAGGCAUGGUUGUAUGAUACUGUGGGCUCAAGAGUUGACUAUGAUGCACCAGGCCAUUCUUCUACCACCAUGGCAUACAGUGCUGAUGGGACAAGGUUGUUCUCAUGUGGGACAAAUAAAGAAGGUGAUUCAUACUUGGUGGAGUGGAAUGAAAGUGAAGGAGCUGUAAAGCGUACCUAUCAUGGUCUUGCAAAGCGAACUGUUGGGGUUGUGCAGUUUGAUACUACUAAGAAUCGGUUCUUGGCGGCUGGUGAUGAGUUCACAGUCAAAUUUUGGGACAUGGACAAUGUCAACCUUUUGAUAAGUACUGAUGCAGAUGGUGGAUUGCCGGCUUCUCCCACUAUUAGAUUUAACAAGGAAGGAAUACUGUUAGCUGCAUCAACGAAUGACAAUGGUAUUAAAAUUCUGGCAAAUUCUGAUGGAAUUAGGUUGCUAAGAACUGUGGAAAGUCGUACAUUUGAUGCUUCAAGAGCUGCUUCUGCAGCUGCUGUGAAGGCCCCACCAUUAGGAACAUUUGGGUCUUCCAGCAUAGUUGGAACAAGCAUUGGAGAGCGAGCUGCUCCAGUGGUAGCCAUGGUUGGACUGAACAGUGAUAGUCGAAGUUUGGUUGACGUGAAACCUAGAAUUGCCGAUGAGUCGGUAGAAAAAUCCAGGAUCUGGAAACUGACUGAAAUCAAUGAACCAUCACAAUGCCGGUCACUGAGGCUCCCUGAUAGUUUAACAGCAACGAGGGUUUCUAGAUUAAUUUAUACAAAUUCAGGACUUGCCGUAUUGGCAUUAUCAUCUAAUGCUGUACACAAGCUCUGGAAAUGGCAAAGAAACGAACGAAACACGACUAAGGCCACAGCUAGUACUGUACCCCAAUUGUGGCAACCUGCAAGUGGAAUAUUGAUGACCAAUGAUAUAAGCGAUACAAACCCUGAAGAUGCUGUUCCAUGCUUUGCACUUUCAAAGAAUGACUCAUAUGUUAUGUCUGCUUCAGGGGGGAAAAUAUCCCUUUUCAAUAUGAUGACAUUUAAGACAAUGACAACAUUCAUGCCCCCACCACCAGCUGCAACAUAUCUGGCGUUUCAUCCUCAAGACAAUAAUAUCAUUGCCAUAGGAAUGGAAGAUUCUUCCAUCCAAAUUUACAAUGUUCGGGUUGAUGAGGUUAAAACCAAGCUAAAGGGACAUCAAAAAAGAAUAACAGGCCUUGCCUUUUCUCAUGUUCUUAAUGUGCUUGUAUCAUCGGGCGCUGAUUCCCAGUUGUGUGUUUGGAACACAGAUGGAUGGGAGAAGCAGGCCAGUAAAUUUCUUCAGAUUCCAAGUGGGCGAGCUGCUGCUCCUCUUGCAGAUACCCGAGUUCAGUUUCACUUAGAUCAGACACUUUUGCUGGCAGUUCAUGAAACACAGAUAGCCAUAUACGAAGCACCAAAAUUAGAAUGCCUCAAGCAGUGGGUUCCUCGAGAAGCUAGUGGUCCAAUUACACAUGCUACAUAUUCCUGUGAUAGCCAGUCAAUUUAUGUUAGCUUUGAAGAUGGAAGUGUGGGGGUUCUCACUGCAUCUACACUUAGAUUGAGAUGCCGAAUACUACCUACUGCUUAUUUACCUCCAAAUCCAAGUUUUGUGCAUCCUCUUGUCGUUGCGGCACAUCCAUCCGAACCCAAUCAGUUUGCCUUAGGACUUUCAGAUGGUGGAGUGCAUGUACUUGAGCCUUUAGAAUCAGAAGGAAGAUGGGGCACUUCCCCUCCGAUUGAGAAUGGUGCUGGGCCGAGCACCACUUCUGGAGCAGCCGGUUCAGAUCAACCCCAAAGGUGACAAUUCCAUGUGCACAGCUCCCAAUGAGGAUCUUGAGUGUAUCUCUUCUGUGUGAUCCCUUUUCCUGGUCUCACCAUAUUUUAUUUAUUUGUUGAGGGGAAGUUGCAGAUUUAGGUAUUUAUAGUUUUAGGAUACUCAGUAGAAUUCGAUAACCCAAUAGAAUUCGUUAUAGUGGCAUUUUAAGGUGAGGCAAUUUCCCCUCAUUUAGGAUAAUUGGAGAAGUGAUGGAACUAUAGUGUAAGUUUUGAAGACAACCGGGCAAAAGGUCGAGUUCAGACAAUGAGGGAAUUCAGCAAAAUAUUUUAGUUGCUUUGGUUGGUUCGUGUCUAGACUAUUUUAUCCCUUUUUUCUUCUAAAGUUAUUAUCCUAGAAAUUAAUUUAAUUGUGAAUCAGACAUGAUUACUCAUUUGUUUUCCCCACUCUUGAGUUAAUUUUCAGGUGUUAAUAAGAAAUCAGCUUUUGGCUC